CCAUCACAGGGGAAGGAACAAAGCUACUGGACACAAAAAACCCCAUGAGCCAUCCAAUACCAUGCAGCAAAUGCUGAAGGAAAUGCUGCAGGGAGCACAAGCUAAGCCCCUUGGUGAAGGUGAUCUAGCUUCCCUACUCACAUCCAGGACUGAGCCUCACGGAGAUGGCGAGGGGAGGAUUUUCCCAGACACUUUUCAGGAUGCUGCACACAAGCCUAGCUCCCAUCACAGGGGAAGGAACAAAGCUACUGGAUACAAGAAACCUCGUGAACCAUCUAAUACCAUGCAGCAAAUGCUGAAGGAAAUGCAGCAGGGAGGACAAGAGAAGGACCAGAAAGCUGUGCUGAAGGCGGUGUUUCCCAGAGAAAACAGUGGCUCAUGGUCAGCGUCUGCUGCAGGAAGGGAGGCCAUGCCAGGCACAGUCUCAGAGGAUUGGGAUCGUGACAUGGAGUACAUGGAAAUGCUGGUCAGUGGUGGUUUGAAGACUUUGCCAGAUACUGGAGGUCCUCCUGCAUGGACGAACCAAGACAUAGAAGACGGGAAAUCCCUGGAGGCAUCCCGACUUCUGGACAAGAUGUUGAGUGAUCUGGAGACACACCGUGAUGAGGGUGCUGAGACAGCUUCUCCAGCAGCUGGGAUGGAAGAUGGCUUGGAACCAUUAGGAGGUUCUGCAGGUGUGUCUGCAGAGAGGACUUUCCCAGCUACUUUCCUGAUUCCUGAACGCAAGCUCGGCUCCCAUCGCAGGGGUCCUCCUAGAGGGAGGAACAAGCCUACAGAAGAUAUCAAGUCCCUGGAGACAUCGGAAUACAUGGAUGUGAGGCUGAGUGAUCGGGACAGACGUCAUGAGAUGGACCAGAAGUCUUUGCAGAAGGCAGAACUUCCUGCAGAAUGCAACAGCUUCAUUCCAGAUGCCUCUACAGAAAGGGAGGAGAUAGCAGACAGUGGCACAGAAGGAAUCGAUAUUAAGGAUUCAGCGCCCAUCUCUGGAAUUGUCCGCCCGCAGGAUGUUCGGAAAACCUGCGUCGUAGACUCAGUUGUGACAGUUAUCACUGUGCAACUUGCAUUUAUAUGCUGUUUUUUUGGGAUCCGGAAAGUCUACAAGAUCAGACGGAACACCUCUGCAACUCCUGCAUCCUGGCGAAGAAUGUGCCACUCUCCCUCAUCCACAGGAAGCUUGGAGACUGUCUGGUUUUACUGUGCACCUAAACGGUCUCAGAAGCAGGAUUUGCCCUGUAAAGAAGAGCACCAGCACUCCCGGCCUCCCCCACAGUCCCCCAGCCCGGCUGUGAUCCCCAUUUCCCCUGAGAUCCCCCCACCUCCUCCCCUCCCAAGCCAGCCGCCCUGGUCCAGCUAGGACUGAAAGUGGGCCAGCCACGGUAGGCCUUGGGCCACCAAGAGCUUGGGGCAUCUGCUCUUGGCUACAUAUAACACUUGUUGCCUAUGGGUAACAACCAGAGGCAGUUUUCUUACUGUUUUUCAUUCAAUAGGAAGGGCUGAAUAUUCUUCCCAUGCCCUCCUCCUCGUUUGCUCUUUUGACUUUUAUGCUUCUAGGUGCUGGCUUAAUCUCUUAAUAGAGCCCUAUAACUUUGCAUGUUUUCCCCACCUACUAGGCCAAAAAAAAGAAAUAAAAACGUUUUCAAUUUA